ACCCCACUUUCCUCAGGUCUCUCCCUCAUCCCCAGCCCAACCAAGUCCUCUCUCUCUCUCUCUCUCUCUCUCUCUCUCUCUCUCUCUCUCUCCCCAUAUCGCGCUUCUCGCGGCAGUCAGCGGAUCACAGAUAUAUCAGCCCCGCCAAACUAUGUGAUAUCUGGGCAGUUUUGAGGGGUAUGGGGAGGAUGGGAGGUAGCCAGAUGACUUACUCCGCCAACAGUGAUGACUACAAGCUUUUAGAAGAGGUUGGCUAUGGAGCGAGUGCGACUGUUUAUAGAGCGAUCUAUCUCCCUUUCAACGAGGUUGUGGCGGUGAAAUGCUUGGAUCUCGAUCGCUGCAAUAGCAAUCUGGAUGACAUUCGAAGAGAAGCUCAAACCAUGAGCUUGAUCGAUCAUCCAAAUGUUAUAAGGGCAUAUUGUUCAUUUGUUGUUGACCAUAACCUUUGGGUUGUCAUGCCAUUCAUGGCAGAGGGUUCGUGUUUACACCUCAUGAAGAUAGCAUAUCCAGAUGGAUUUGAAGAAUCUGCUAUUGGUUCUAUUCUGAAAGAGACUCUCAAGGCUUUGGAGUAUCUCCAUCGACAAGGACACAUUCAUCGGGAUGUUAAGGCUGGAAACAUACUUCUUGAUAGCAAUGGUGUGGUAAAGCUUGCUGACUUUGGUGUUUCUGCUUGCAUGUUUGAUACUGGCGAUAGACAGCGUUCAAGAAAUACAUUUGUGGGGACUCCUUGCUGGAUGGCACCAGAGGUGCUACAGCCAGGGAGCGGAUAUGAUUCCAAGGCUGAUAUUUGGUCAUUUGGUAUAACAGCAUUAGAGUUGGCUCAUGGUCAUGCGCCUUUUUCAAAAUAUCCUCCAAUGAAGGUUCUCCUGAUGACCAUACAAAAUGCUCCACCUGGACUUGAUUAUGACCGUGAUAAAAGGUUUUCUAAGUCUUUUAAAGAAAUGGUUGCAAUGUGCCUGGUGAAAGAUCAAACAAAAAGGCCAACUGCGGAGAAAUUAUUGAAACACUCCUUUUUCAAGCAUGCAAAGCCUCCAGAACUUUCCGUGAAGAAGUUAUUUGCUGACCUGCCACCACUAUGGAACCGUGUGAAAGCUCUUCAGCUUAAAGAUGCUGCACAACUUGCUCUGAAGAAAAUGCCUUCAGCCGAACAAGAAGCCAUAUCACAGAGUGAAUACCAGAGAGGAGUUAGUGCAUGGAACUUUGACAUUGAGGAUUUGAAAGCCCAAGCGUCACUUGUUCGAGAUGAUGAUGAUAUUGUAGAGACUAGGGAAGAAGAAGAGUUCAUGAAAUUAAAUUCCAAUUAUCAGGCUGAAAGCAAUUCUCAGUCUAGUCUGUGUAAGAUGAGUUUGAAUAGUGAAACAUCUCCAGUGGAACAUAAAAGAUUGUUAAGUAGUGAUCAGGUUUCACACUCCCACUCUGUGGAUAGAAAGGGCAAGGUUCUAGAGACUGAAAUAGUAGAUUCCCGCUGCCUAGAGAAUGUUAGUUUGAAGAAAAAUGGAUCAUGCACAGAGGUGAUUUCAUCAGCCUUGGAAAAGAAUAUGGUACAAGCUAAGGCUACUACGGUAAAAACUCGCCAGACUCAAAGUGGACCUCUCAUGCCUGGUAUUGUGCUGAAUCAUUCACAUUCAGAAAGGAGUCGUAUAUCUGAAAGGUCUGAGAAUGAAAACCAACCAGCAGCAGAGAAAGUCCGGAGAGCACCAAGCUUUAGUGGUCCAUUGAUGCUUCCAAACCGAGCUUCUGCAAACAGCUUAUCAGCACCCAUUAAGUCCUCUGGAGGAUUUCGUGAUUCUUUGGAUGACAAGUCAAAGGCCAACCUCGUGCAGAUUAAAGGCCGAUUCUCAGUCACAUCAGAAAAUUUAGAUCUUGUAAAGGAUAUUCCACUAGGUACAGUUCCUCGUCGAUCUUCACAGGGAUCGCCUCUGAGGAAGUCUGCUAGUGUCGGUGAUUGGAUAUAUGAAACUAAACCAAUGGUUUGUGCUUCAUUUCUUCCUCAUUUUAAAUUGCAUUAUUUAUUCAUUCGUUGGAGUAACUUGCUCUUUCAUAUGCUUCAACAGGUUGAACCGGUGGCUUCUGAGAGGGAGCGGUUACUGCUCGUGAAGGUGUCGGAGUUGCAAGCUAGGGUCAGUUACUUGACUGAUGAACUGGAUACCGAGAAGUUGAAGUACUCACAAUUGCAGCAGCAGUUGAAAGUCUUAAGUGAUGAAGCAGAAAAUGGUGAUAGAAGGGAAGCGGAUACUUGAAUUCUGAAUUCCAAUUUCUGCAAAGUGGAACCAGCCACCAUGUGCAUUCCGGGCAGAGGUGUAAAUCGCGGAGACAGAAGUGAUUUCAACAAAAAACUGUUGGUAUGAAUGCUAUUCAUUGGUUACCCUGGAAGGUUGGAGAGUGCAGUUUCUGCAACUUGUUUACGUAAUAGUUUACAGAAGGCGGGCAGCUGGAUGACAAAUAAAGCCAAGUUGUGGAUAUGGGAGGGAUUUUAUGUAGUUUAAACAGAAAUGUUCUUCUUCCUUUCCAAUGCAGGUUCAUUUUUUGGAAGUAGUCUGAGAUGGGAAGAAGAACGUUUCUUGUAUUUAUGAUGUUUAUUCAGCCAGCAGACAAGUUGAUAAAAAAUGAAGGAGAAUGGGCUUGUAUAUCUAUUUGUAUUUAUAAAAUUUUAGGCUAAUUCUCUGGCUGCGGUCACAAUUUCUCUUUAUUUUUUUCUUAACUGCAGAGAAGAGUGGCCUCCAUUUGUGGGAGAGGUGUAUUUGUGAGAUUGACGUUAAUGCUCUCUCUAGUUGAAUAGGAUUUUAAAACUUUAUGAGGGUAAA